AUGUUUCUCUCCGUCGAGUCUCACGAAACGGAAGGCCGAAGUGCUUCGCCGACGCCCGCUUCGAGCCGAUCUCCAACAAACGGUCCACAGACGGCGCUGUCACUCUGGACUCUCCCCGCGUCGCUCUCGUCCUACUUGUCGAGUUUUCCCUCGUCUCUGUCGCGAUCUCCAAAGGCCAGCGUCUCGGCCAGGCGUGGAACUGGCGAGGUUGCGGCAGAUCGUGACGGAGCGAAACAGGGGGAGAUCGACGAAGUGAACAGCCACAGCCGAGGGGUGCGUUUCGAUCUGUGUCGGCCGGGGCGAAACGAAGACACUGCGGCAGACGGCCCGGUUCGAGGCGGCACGCAGAGGAAUGCGAAAGAAGCGAUGGCGCCACACAGCGACGGCGUACAGACAGGGGGGACGGGAACGCGGGAUGGCGGUGAAGUGUCGCCUUUCGACAAAAAGCCCGGAGAAAGCUACGCAGCGUACGCCGACAGACUUCACAGACGAGACGGCUUUUCGCUCUACUUCGACAACAACAGCUCCACAAUGACCGAUCCGCGUGUUUACCAAGAGAUGGCGCCUUUCUUCGAAUGCCUCUUCGGGAAUCCAGGAAGCGCACACGAGAGGGGCCGAAUCAACAAGACAGCUCUCGAGGAGGCGCGAGUACGCGUGGCCAGAUGCCUCGGUGUCUCUCCGUCGACCGUCAUCUUCACAUCUGGGGCGACAGAGAGCCUCAACUGGGCAAUCAAAUGCGGCGCACACGCUCAGUGCCGAAGAGGCGUCGGCCGUCACAUCGUGACUACUCGCGUCGAGCAUCCGGCCGUGCUGGAGAUUUGCAAAUUUCUGCAGGAAGACCACGGUUUUGGAGUUUCCUUCUGUCCCGUCGACUGUUUCGGAUUCGUGGACCUCGGGGCUCUGCCCAGUCUGCUUUCUGCCGAGACUGCGCUUGUCAGCAUCCCACACGCCAACGCAGAAAUCGGAGCGAUUCAGCCUAUCGAAGAGUCGCUCGGGAAAGUUCCUGUAAAUAUUCCUCAGCUUGGCGCGGACUUGGUGACCAUCGCAGGCCAUAAGAUCUACGCGCCGAAAGGUGUCGGCGCGCUGUACGUAGGGCCCCGGGCGUGUAUAGGUCCUCUCCUGCACGGCGGUGGACAGGAAGGAAGAUUGCGAGGCGGAACAGAGAACGUGCCGUAUUGCGUCGCGUUAGGCAAGGCGUGUGAACUCAUCGCUGAGGGUUGGGCUCCCCCCUCCGGAGUGGUUCGCGCCGACUUUCUAUCGGGUCCAGCUCCUCCGUCUCCAUCAUCUUUGCCGUGUGCUCCUGCCCCGCUGACGCCGGCAGCAAGCACGUCGGCGGACGGGGCAUCGCCCGAGGCUGGAUCGGCGCCGGAGACGCAGUGUGUCGCGGACCAGGGUGUACAUACAGCUCCAGCGCGAGGCGGGGGCGACUUGCCGGGCGUGGGGGAGAGGCGCGGGGAGCCGAGCGAAGUGGAAAUCGCAGGCCGGAAGGAAACCAGAGAGGAAGGAAGCUGUGUAGAGGGAGGAAGCGGACUAGGAGCGGAACGGACGAGCACGACGCGACUCGCCGAGGGCCACAGCGGGGCACCCUCUGGGUCAGGUGUACGUACACCCCAAGCAGAGAAGGAAGGCCAGAAACAAAGCUUUUCCUCGUGGCUGCCAAGUCUUGCGGCUGCGUUUCGUCAAGGGGGAUCGAGCGAGGAGAAACAUGACAACGGAUCGGGCGUCGUUUCCGGGUUCCCCGCGACACCCUCUGCCUUCCACCGCUUUUGCUCUUCGAUUGGCUUCUCGCGCGUCUUGUCUCUACCCUUUGGUUCGAGGUCGGCAGGAGGAACUAUCCCUGGAGAGUGGCGCAGCUUCUGGCCGGAGAGAAAGGACGCGGGAUUCCGUCGCGUCUCGGCUCACCCGCAGCAUAUGCAGAAGACCUUGAUCAGAUUCACACACCAGUUCUUCAUCGAAGUAUCCCUUUUGACGCAGUGGACAAAAGACCAACUCGCCGACUUCAUCCGCAUCAACGGACCGCUGGGGCAAGCAGGCCGGUUCUUCGAGGUCACCGACGGACAGCAAGGGAAAAGCCUGAGCGAGAUGUACGGCGCGCUUCCCAACACUCUCUCUCUGUCGAUCCGCGGUGCCCAUGGCCCAGAAAUAGUCAGACUUCUCCGCGACCGCCUGUGUAUCUCGGCGGGGUGUACGUGCCACAGCUCGGGAGAGCUCACGAGUGCAACGCUCCAGGCUAUUCAGCUGGACCGCGAUUGGGCACGAGGGACUAUUCGCAUUUCGACAGGACGGUUCACAACUCUGAACGAAGCGACGGUGGCGGGUCGUCUCCUAGCCCGGUUCCUGAUUUCAGAGAAUUUAAUUUUUGGGAAAUCCGAGCGUCUGGCUGCGCUCUCGGCUGGUCACGAGCCUGGCGAGAAGAGAGGGGCGGAGGCAUCCUAA